UGAUGAAGUUCUGGAAGAUCCUCAAGGGGCUGAUCGAUGAGGUGCAGCCCGAUUGGCGCGACAAGUUCCUGUCCUACAAGGACUUGAAGAAGCAGCUCAAGCUCGUCUACCCGAGAGACGGCAGCACGCGGGUCCGCCCUCUGGUCAAACGCCUCCACCUGGACUCCACAGAGGGGGGCGGGGAUUGCACCGUGGCGGCAGUGGGGGAGGAGGUGGUCGAUUUCCUGGAGCUGUUGGAUGGUGAGAUCAACAAGAUCAAUGAGUUCUUCAUGGACAGAGAGGAAGAUCAUAUCAUUAGAUGGGCGGAUCUGCAAGAUCGGGUAGCAAAGGCCGAGGGCGUGGACAGCGAGUUGAUGGAAGUUCGUAGAGAAAUAGUGGAUUUCCACGGAGAAAUGGUUUUGCUGGAGAAUUACAGCGCUCUGAACUGCAUAGGGCUAGUGAAGAUAAUAAAGAAGUACGACAAGCGGAGCGGCGCGGUGAUCUGCUUGCCUUUCAUCCGGAAGGUUCUGCAGCAGCCGUUUUGCAGGACGGAUGUGCUCAAAAAGUUUGCGAAGGAGUGCGAGAGGGUGCUCGAUCAGCUUCUCUUCGAGAACGACCGCCAGACAGACGAGACUACUGUCGUUGAGAAUGAGAUCAUGGAGAGCAUGUACAAGAGGCUCACUUUAUCAGCUUUGCGUGUGUUUGAGGAGAUUCGGAGCGGAAGCUCGACUGUGAGCAUGUUCUCGCUACCGCCUCUGCAUAAUAAUCAAAAGGGUGAAGAUUAGACGAAGAAUAACCCGUUUUGGUACCCCCACACGUUUACCGAUAUCGAUACUGAUAAUCCGUCUUCUUUUCCAGAGUUAGGGGCGGAUAACUCUGUGGAUGCUUCUUGUUUUAAAAUUGUAUUUGUACAAGUGGAAUAACUCAUUGUGCUCCUAUUGUGGAAUUUAAGCAAAAUCUUUUGUUUCAU